UGCCAGCCAGCCAGGCAACCAUCCAGGCAGAGCAACAACAAAAAAGCAAUUUUGGCUGCAAUUCCAUCGUAAAGUUCGACAACUUUGGAAAACUCCGGGUAGUUUGGUGCCAGUUAGCUACGAACUUAGUACAGGUAGAGACGAGUUUUCUAAAUUUUUGUCUCGCCCGUGCGAUAUCGGUUUAGUUUUGUGUGCAACAAUAAAAAAGGGAUAACCCAUUGCGAUACAUAGAUAUAUAGAUAUAUAAUUAUAUACAUAAAUAUAUAUACCAACUUCUUCUAACUAACUUCUGACUUUCAUCAAAAAGUAACCGAUCUCCGGGAAAAUAAUAAAAAAAAAACUUCAAAAGAACAGUGAAAGAAACUUUAUCAAGUACAAGUCGCACAGGAUAACAAUCGUCGACAAAGACAACGAGCUAUAAGACUAGAAGAACCAAAGUCUAUCGAAAAAGAACUAACUGUAAACGAAGUUAAGCAGUUGCAGCACAAGUUUAUCAUAACAGUAAUCGUUUGCUUAGCAGUGAAAUCUAAGAAAAAAUAUAAAAGUUCAAAAAAGUUUGUUGUUGUUAUAGAUAAUUCGGUGAAUAAAAAAAAUAUUGAAGUUGAAGAAAGUUUGAAGCCAAACGACUUUUUGGGCCAAAACUUCAUUAGACAAGUUCUGUUCUGUUAAGACUAUCCUCAUAUAGCUAGUGUCUAGUCUGCGUUUUCCAGAUCAAAGUCAAAAGAAUAGUUUUUGACUUUUAUAACUCCUUUCCACCCACCGCCGCCGCCGCCAAACUGCACCGUCCUUGUUUUAUUAUUAGCUGUUAUGUAAAUUCUGCGGUUCGCGAGUAUCCUCCUAGAAAGUAUUGUGAAUGAAUUUCGAAUGAAUGAAAAAGUGCUACACUAGUUUCGUCGGAAAUAGUUUAAUUCAAAGUGAAUAAAAUUAAAUCUGAGCAUAUAAUAGCUUCAUUAAAAAUAAAAGUGUUUUAAAUUUAUUUAAUAUCCUUUUCAAAUUUGAAUUGAAAACUAAUGCAGAUACAAAAUAAAUAUAGAUGACUGAAUUAUCGCUUAGCCUAAUCUCAAAAUGAUGGCAUUAUCAAAACGACCUUUAUCCAAAGAACUUGUGCCCGAUGCAAAUAUCAAAUACGAAGACCAAGAAUGCACGAUCAAGCGUAAGAAACGUUCAAGUCGUGAUGAUGAAACAAAUCCCUCUAACAACAACAACAACAAUAACCAAUCAAUAAGUUUAAAUGAUAAAUGUGCAUCAUUGCCACAAAAAAAACGUUCUGUAGUCCCGCCAAUUAUGAAUUGUGUCCGAAGUAAUACUCCAUCCUCGGGAGCUCAGCAAAAUGGUAAAUUAGCUUGUGACGAUCAGGACGAUGAAACUCUGAUUCGUGAAACACAGGCUGCCCUCAAGAGUCUUUCGGGUAGUUGGCCAGAUGCCCGUAACAAUCUCUAUCGGCUCAACGAUCAGGAUGAAAACCCUCCGUUUCAAAAUCUUUUCGAGGAGCACAAGAUGAAUGGGUCGUCGCCGUUGCAAAAGUAUGCAAAGUAUGAUUCCAAAAGUCUUAUGUGCAUACGACGUGAGUCCGAUAAUUUCUUGUAUUUCCCCAGACAAAAAGAGAAUGACCAAGCCAGGCUAAACUCUCAAUACAAGACUUUGACAUCGCCAUCAUCGACAUCUUCGACAUCAUCGGUAGAGUACGGCUCUGAGUCAAAACCUGACAUCAUCGGCAACGACAUGGACUCCAGGAAAAAAAUCCCAUUUUCUCAAGCGUCUGCAUUCAAGCCACCAAAUGACAUCAAGCGCAACGGUAUAAUGUCAUCGGCUUACGGCAUCCCCUCAAUGGCAACCCCAUAUGGUAAUGAAUCGUCAUCAGCAUUCCUGAGCUACCAACCACACACUCCAGCUGAAGCCGUUGUGCAUCAUCUUCCACAUCACCCACAUCAACUGCCACCUCCGGGCGCGGCAGUAGUAGGACUCGAUGCUGGAAGCGAUGAUCCCAGCAACAAGGUAAUCAACACAAAAUCCCUUAAGGACAAUGAAGAUGACGUUCAGAACUCAAAGCAUCACCUUCUUCAUCAUCAUCAUCAGCAGCAGCAACUGCACCAACAACAACCACAGCAGCACAACCAUCUACAUCAACAACAGCAUCCGCAGACAAUGGAAACACCUGACACAAAGCACUACACCAUCCUGCAGCCAGCAGGAGUUGGAAGCCGAGCAGCAUCCGUUAUGCAGGAUAUAGCUCGUGAGGGAGUCGUUACUGUGUCGGCAGUGAGCAGCAGUAGCAGCAACCCCAACAACAACACCACCACCGCCAACAACAUUGGCAGUCCGGGCAUGGGAAACAUUGUUUCCUCAACGACAUCAAAUGACAAAAUUGCCUUUGAUCAGGGUGCCGCAUCACAACCAUCAUUUUCACCUGGAAGCCUCAACCGAGAUGGAGCAAAAUGUCCCACCCCAACUUGUAAUGGUCAGGGACAUUCUACAGGACUUUAUUCACAUCAUAGAAGCAUUUCUGGAUGUCCUAAACGAGAGAAAGUAACGCCUGAAUCUAUAGCCAAUCCAAAUUCUCCAUCAAUAAAAUCCGAAAUGAAGAGCCUUUACACGACACAUGCAAACGAUGUCAUGGACAAGGACCACCAAAUGAGUGAAAAAGUCAAAAUCACUUCGAAUGUUUACCUCAACAACAACAACUCAAAUUGUGUGAACAACAACAAUCCGUCGAAGUGUAAUAACAACCUACUAAUGGGCCACACCACAACCAACCCUAUCAAUACGAUGCCAAUAAUCAAAUCAGAAUUCAGCCCUUCAACGGUACACAUCAAAUCCGAAUCAGGUGUGGGAAUCGGUGGCUACACGACGAAAAGUCCGAAUCCGCAUAGUCACAGCCAUUCGGUGAUGCAACAUCACCCUUACCUUGGUGCCGGUAGUGAUUCGACAAACUCAACGCCUGGCUACGGCGCCCUGGAUAGUCAAUCUAAAUCAUCGAUAACAGGGGCUGGCAACGGCAAUGUUGGGGGUGGUGGCUCACAUCAACAACAACCCCAGUCAGCAAAUAAUCCAAACAACAAUGACAGCAUGCAUUCAUCACACUUAAACGGCAGUGGCAGCAGCAACAACAACAACAAUAACAACGGCUCUUCUGGUGGUAGUCAGAGCCAAAGGACAAAUGACGUCCUUCGUAAUGCUGGCAGUCAAUUGUCAUCCGGUGGAGCAGCACUUCAGUCUGAAGAGAUGAAUGGUUUUGUUACCUUACAACAGCAGCAACAACAACAACAACAACAACAACAGCAAAUAAACGAGCAAAAUUCUCAAGAGAGUCCACAGCAAAGAGGCUCUUUUGAAGGAUCCGCAAAUUUAAUGAGCAACAACGGCAGUAAUGGUACAACAUCCGCACAACCAACCUCACAGCAGCAAGGAUCCAAUAACAACAACAACAGUAACGGAAAUAAUGGAGCGAGCUCUGCGUCGAACACGGCACAUUUGGUGUCAAUGGAAGAUCCUUAUGGCAGAGAUUCGUCCGCAGUAAUGCGGUACUCCCACAUGAGUGAUAUGGUGAGUAAUGGUUCAAUUACAAAACCAUCAGCUUCUUAUGCGGGGAGUGACAUGCUAAAUGGACAUGUACAUGGUAGUGGUGGCACUUCAGACGGUGUUACUGCGGCUGGCCGUACCCCCACCUAUGAUAUCUCCAACCGUCCCUCGUAUGACUCAAAUGUGAUGUCCAUUUCCUCAACCGCCUUCGAAAGGUACGACCCCAACAAUUGCUUAGCCCAGAGAGCCACAACGAACAUGUACCAUUACCUGCCGCAGUCUUCGGCGGCGAUGGAUGAUCUUAACCAGCAACAGCAAAAGUACCUACAGGAGCAGCAAAUGGUGCAUGCGAGUAUGCUCAAGGCGGAGCACGACGAAAAUAACGGACCAAUUUACCCCCGACCGAUGUAUCACUAUGAUCCGAGCAUGGGUCCACUGCCUCCCGGAUUCUCGGCAAUCAAUCUGUCAGUGAAGGUGGCAGCGGCACAAGCAGCUGCAGCUGCGGCUGCGUACAACAAAGGUGGUGCUAGUUCACCGUCCCCAAAUGGACCUGUCAUCGACCUCUCAACAUCCAGUGUGACUUCUUCCAGCCCCCAAGGAUUUAAUUCGCCACAUUACAACCAGCGUAUCGGUGGAAGUCCCCAGCCAGGAUCUAGUCCACAUCUAGCCAGCCCCCAAGUGCCAAGCCCGCAAGGACAGACAUUGGAUCUAAGUGUUACCCGCCUCCCUCACAGGUAUAUUAUAACGAGCCCUCAAUAUGGAACUCACCCAGACGCUCUCGGUCAUCCACACGGCUUUGGUAGUGCUCCGAGAUCGCCACAAACAGAACCGGUUGAUUUUAGUGGUCCACCCAGACCGCUUGGAUUUGGCCUGGUUGGACAUAUCGGUGGCCCGGGACCCUAUAGCCGCGAAUCUACUCCGGACAGUGGUGGAUCGCACUAUAUCGAUAGCUAUAGAGAUCCAAGUGGUUACAGUCCUCAUCCUGGAUAUGGAAUGGUUGUGCAAUCCGAUUAUCCUCCAGCCGGUUAUCAUGGAUAUGGAGCUGCGGCAUAUCAAUGUAGUAAUCCGUAUGCAACUGCUGUUGGUCCCGGCGGAUAUCCGACACCAGUUUCGGGUGGUUACUCUCCUAGUCCGGCGUCUUGUUAUUCAAUGCCACCACCACAGCAUAUACCACAGCAUGAUAAAACAAAGGACGGCUUAACGGGUUGCCCACGUACGGAUAGGAAUCAUCUGCAAUCCCAUUCACAAGAACUUAAAUGUCCGACACCGGGUUGUGAUGGUUCUGGUCACGUAACCGGAAACUACUCAUCGCAUCGCAGUCUGUCAGGAUGUCCUCGUGCGAAUAAACCGAAGAGCAAACCACGUGAUGGUCAGGAUUCUGAACCCUUGAGAUGUCCUAUACCUGGGUGUGAUGGUUCUGGACAUUCAACAGGGAAGUUCCUUUCCCACAGAAGUGCAUCCGGAUGUCCGAUAGCAAAUCGUAACAAAUUGAGGGUCCUGGAGAAUGGAGGUACGGUGGAGCAGCAUAAGGCAGCUGUUGCAGCCGCAACUGCUAUGAAAUUUGAUGGUGUGAAUUGCCCCACUCCGGGUUGUCCGACGGCAGCGCAAGGAAUCAAGAAGCCGAAGUUCGAUGAGGUCACCAUGGUCUAUCCCAAAGGAUACUCAGGCAUGGAUAUAAUGAUGAACUCAGUUGGCGGUAAUAUAUCAACAUCAGCAGCAACAACUGGUAAUACUCCAUCUGGACCAUCAAAUAAUAGUUCCACUGCAUCGACGAAUAAUGCCUCAUCAAAUAAUAACAAUUCCAUGCCUCAAAAUAGUGUGACCACCAACGGUACUGAAGAUUUGACAACUCUUGAAGCAGAGAUCUCAGAAUUGCAAAGGGAGAAUGCUCGAGUCGAAUCACAAAUGCUGCGCUUGAAGUCCGAUAUUAAUGCUAUGGAAUCGCAAUUAAACACCAGUGAUAGGGAGGCAUCACCACUGAACACAACCCAGCGCAAUACUAGUAAUCCCAGUUCCUUAAACAACUAUUACGAAAGUCUCCGCAAUAAUGUGAUCACUCUCCUGGAACAUGUUCGUAUUCCACCAAAUGGAGUCGGCCCACCACCACCAGGGACUGGCGGACUUUCGUCAUCUUCUUCAAUGUCCUCAGCUGGAAAUCAUCACACCUACUCUCAUGCGCCCUUAAUACCACCGGGACCAUUGACAACGGCUAGCAUUUCCCAAGCACAGUCUAUAGCUGGAAUAUAUGGACCCCCACCACCACCACUGCCACCUAGUGCUGAAAAAAUUCCCCACCACCACCAUCAUCCCCAUCACCACCCACAUCACCAUGAGCACUUUGACAGUUACAUUUCGAAACUUCAGUCGCUUUGUGUUCCGGCGGAUGUCUAUGCUCUACCCGACGAUAAUCGUCCUGUAUACGACACAAUGAAAUCAUCCAUGCACCAGGAUUAUACUGUACUACCAACACCCAUUUAAAUUCAUAAAAAUAUAGAACAACAGUUUUAAAUGUGUGUGUAUUUAAUCUUAAAAUAAUAUAAUAUUGUGAACAAAAACUGUAAAUAUUAAACAAGAAAUAUUGUUUUAGUUUUCGAUAAAUUUGAAUUAAACUGCAAGUCCUUGCAGAGCGGAUAUUCAUAAGCUUAAUUAUAGUAACGAUUAAAUAAAUGAUUGUAAGCAUUAAAAUCCGUUCAAUGUAAAUAUUAUCGUAAAAACGAAUAAAAAUUGAAUUAAGUAAUUAUUACAGGUAUUAUUUAUCAUUUAUAAUUAUAUAAAUAAAAAUUGAAUCAUCAACAAAUCGGUAUUGUACAUUUCAUAAGUUAUUAGAACCAAAAAUAAGUAAACAGAAAAUAAAAUAAAAUAAAAUAAUUUAUUGCAUAAUGUUUAUGUCACAUUUGUUUUUGUAUAAAUAGAUAAGUGUCAAUUAUUCAAUUACUUAGUUGACAUAAUAACAGCAACAACAACAACAACAAAAAACGUUUUUUCUGCAUGAUAACUUGUAAAAUUGAAUUUAAAGAACAAAUAUUUAACUUAAAAUGUGUACAUAGAUAAUAAACGAUAAAUGUAAAAGUUAUGUUUAUUCGAAUUUAAUUACAAGGCUCCGGAUAUAGGUUAACUAUUUAAACGAUAGAAUACAUAUAGCUAACAUUAGUUUUAAGUAAUUUAAUUAAUUAGUUACUAGAUCAAAGAGUAAAAGAUAAUGUGAUUACAAUUUACAAAAAUUUAACAAAAGAAAAACAUUUGUAACGACUUUGUUAUGGGUAUUUUUUAUUUAUAUAUUUCAUUUUAUUAAACGCAAUUAUAAAAAGAAAAACAAAUAUAACCUAGUUUAUUAGCAAUUAAAAUAUUAAUACAGAAUCAAAAUUUUAAUUUUAAAAUAUGAUGUUAAGUAUUAUUAGCUAUAAAACGGAUUAAAACAAAAAAGUGCAAUACGCAAUUGAUAAAAAUAUAUUUAAGCUUAUUACGAUUAUUUACGUUUGUUUGUUUGGUUGUUUGUUUAUUUUGUUUUGCUGCUGAUACAUUUAAGUAUAUAUUACUAUUAUUAUGCAAUAAUAUAUUUGUUUCAUGUUACACACAUACAAUUUAUAAUUACUAUUAGAAAAUACAAAUAAAUCUGCUUAUCUACUUUAAAUACGCAAACCAAUGAAAUGUGAAGAAAACAGAAAAUAAAUGUUAUG